AUCAAUUAUCUGUCAAUGUUUUGUUUUCAUCAUCAAAAAAUUAUCAAGGACCUUUUAAAAUAUUUCCGCCUAUCUUAUUCUAUAAUAAUAUGUUGGCUAAUAUCGUUAAUUAAUCAACAACUUUUUUCUUAACUGUUGAAUGAAAUAAGUCAUACACAAAUGUUAUAUUCAAAAAGGAAUCCUCAAGUGAAAUAAUGGAGAAAAUAGAGAAGAGUAUUGUUAAGAACAAUCAUAUAAAAAUAUUAGAAAGUUCCUCCGAUAAUUUGGAGAAUAAUAGAAAUGGACUCACCAGCAUAAGAGCCAUUACAUUCCUGAUUCUUUGGUACUUCUUCAGUGGAUGUACCUUAUUUUUGAAUAAAUAUAUUUUAACAUAUAUGAAUGGCAAUCCUACUAUCUUAGCGGGUUGCCAAAUGUUGAUAACUGCAUCUUGUGGAUUUUUGCAAUUAUACUUUCCUUGUGGAAUGUAUAAACCUAAUCAAAGACUACAUAAACCUCCAGGUUUUUAUAGACAUAUGGUACUUGUGGGCUGCACAAGGUUCUUGACAGUGGUUUUAGGCCUUGUUGCCCUAAAUUAUGUUGCUGUAAGUUUUACUGAGACGAUAAAGAGUUCUGCUCCAAUGUUCACAGUGUUGAUAUCAAGGUUCAUACUUGGAGAACAGACUGGUUUAUAUGUUAAUUUAAGUUUAUUACCUGUGAUGUCUGGAUUGGCACUAUGCUCUAUUAAUGAAGUCAGUUUUGAAAUUAGGGGAUUUAUUGCUGCGAUGGCAACAAACUUGACUGAAUGUUUACAAAAUGUUUAUUCUAAAAUGUUGAUAUCAGGGGAUAAGUUCAAAUAUACACCUGCAGAGUUACAAUUUUAUACCAGUCUUGCCAGCAUAAUUGUACAAAUUCCUGCAUCAUUGCUCCUGGUGGAUCUUCAUAAUACUGAAGAUGUGACAUUCAAUAUUGCAUUUUGCUAUGUAUUGAACGGAGUUUUCUUCCAUUUUCAAAGCAUAACAGCUUAUGUGCUGAUGGAUUACAUAAGCCCAGUGACACAUAGUGUUGCUAAUACUGCAAAAAGAGCGUUUCUGAUAUGGUUAUCGGUUUUAAUGUUUGGGAAUCCAGUAACGAUGCUCAGUGGCUUGGGAACGAUUAUAGUUAUAACAGGAGUAUUCAUGUAUAUAAAGGCACAACAAUACGACGAUGAUAAAACAUCUAUUCUAUUACAAAGGAAAGUCAGGGCUAUAUAGUAUUAAGGUUUUUACCCUCGAAAAAUAAUUGUAUAUGUGAUACACAAUCUUGUCAAUUCUACAGAAUUUGUUGCUUUUGUUUGAAAUAGUUUUAUUGGAAAAUUAUUUGCUUGUUAUUUUCAUAGAGAUUUGAGGCAAAGUUCAUUAUCUUUCUUGAAAUUAUAACCAUGGAAAUUUGAAGUGAAAUAGAAACAAAAUAUUUUAUGGGUAUCUAAUUUUAUGUAAAAUUUAAUUGUUUACUCAAAUGGUAAAUCGAAUAAAAAAAAAAGGUUCAAAUAGGUUGGUGCAUUGAGAAUGAUCUUGAACUCUGCUAAAAAAAAUUAAUUCUGACGAGGGAACGUCAGUUUUAUACUGCCUUUAUAUUUUAGGUAUUCCAUUUGAUGAUUUAUUCUUUUAAAUCUUCAAUCUAUUUUUAUAUUUAUUAUUUACAAUACCUGAAUCAAAAGAAAAUAUUAUGAAUUUAAAUUUUAUCAAUUAAGUUCCUCAUAUAGCAAAACAUUGUGUAAAAUAGGUAAAAUAUACACCCAAGGAUUUUUCUAUACUGCAGUUGGAUUUUAUUUGAGAAAUAUUUCUCAUCAAUUAAUGUUAGACCAAAUAAACAAGAAAAAGUAAUAUUUUCAUUUAGAAUUUUAUUAAAUUGGUCAUAAAAAAUUAUUUGAUUCCAUGGUUUUUUUGGGAUUUCGAUAAAAAGGAAUUUAUGGCAAUCAUUGAGUAUAUGUAGAAAAUUAUGAUUGUUCAAAUUGAACGAAACUAAAAUUUUCUGUCCAAUCCAUAUUUUAUUCUCGUUUCAUUUGAAUCCUUCCAUUUUAUUAAUUAACGAAGCUUAAGUCAACUCAUUACCAUCAUCUUCACUUAAUCUCAAAACAUCUCAUUGUCGAAAAGCUCUUCCUUUGAUAUCUGAAGAUGAAGAAAUAAUUUCCGAGAUUCUAUGAAGACUGAAUGCUUCCAUUGUGAGAUUUCAAUCGAAAUAAUAUUUGUUUCUAAUUUUAUUCACUCAGACAUAUCAUUAAUUGUAUCAUAAAGAACGUUGCAAAUAAUUUCGAGAUCAAACGUAAAGUUACUGCUAGAGAUUCAUUCGUUCACUUUACUCAUGAUAUGGUCCACUCAAUGAAAUUUAGGACAUAUCUACUGAGAGGGUGUGGACGAUCACUCCAUCAGUAUUGCUAAUUUUUUUUAAGCUCUUAUUCGUUUUAUUAUUUGCAUGAGUUUAUGACGUCACACAUGUAUUACUGAAUUUCAGUGGAAAGAUAAAAAUUAACGAAUAUGCUGAAAUCAUUUGUUUUAUUUGAGUUUUGUUUUCAGAACAAAAUUAUAAGUACUUAUUUCUGGAUCUGAUGUAACUAUUUUGGUACUGUAUAUUUAUUUUGUAAAUAUUCUUGUUAUGUAUGAAAUUCUAUUGUUGUGUUUUUAUUUGAUAUAGAUAUUCCGACCAAUCAGUGUGACAUUUGUUAUAAAAUAAAUAGAUGUUAAAUAGU